AUGUUCAAGUACUGUCGCAUUCGCGAAGGAUUCACACGUAACGUACAGGCGAUAGAAUCGGUCAGGCACGCUCGUGACGUUUUUGGUAAUUUACAGAGGUACAGCAAAGAAGAAGAAAGAGGAAGGGAGAGAGAGGGAAGGUGGGACUGAGCAGGCGACUCCAAAGUUGACACUUCGUCGUUAUGUUCAGUACUUGUUGAAUAAGCUGCGUGUGUAUAUUCAACACUGCAGCCUUUGUGGGCAGCGUGCUGGGGACAGGGUCUACAGUAACACUAUGAAGCAGUGACGGAACAGGGACAGACAUGGCAGAGCUGGAGAUUGACCAGUCCAACCUUCCACGUGUCCAAGAAGUGUGCCAGAGUUUUGCUGUGCUGGAAGAUGGAGCGUUGGCACACAACCUGCAGGAGCAGGAGAUUGAGCAAUACUAUACCACCAAUAUCCAGAAGAACCAGCUUGUGCAGAAUGACAUCCGUGUGGCCAAGAGGCUCCAGGAUGAGGAGGAGGAGCAGAGGGCACAGCAGAGUGCCCUCCUUAAGCAGACUACCAAACAAAUAGAGGAGCAGGACUUUGAGUAUGCUUGCAUGAUUCAGGAAGAGCUCCAACGCCAUGCCGAGGAGGCACACCGGAGAGAGCAGAGUGAUGAGGAAAUAGCUAAACGACUGCAGGAAGAGGAGGAGCAGGGGGUCAGAAGAAGGAGCAGAGGACAUGAAGGUCAUAGUGAAGGCAGCAGCAGUGACCCUGAGCUAUCCCCACACCAGCACACACUCAGCCGCCUUCACCAAGAGGAGCAGUCCUCACCUAUCACCACCAGAUGGCAGUAUUCUACCUCUCAGAAUGGCCGGGAUUUAACUGGGCCUCAGACAAGCUCCCCCAGGAGGGUCGCAGCUCAGAUAAACACAACUUCGUGGUCAAAUCAAGGACAUGCAGAUUCCAUUAGGCAAGCAAGGGAUCAGUUUAGAGAGACUCUAAGUGAAGAUUCAGAGGACUCAGACACAGUUUUUACUAAACAGCUCUCAAUGUGGUCUCAGAGAUUGUUCCAAAGACACAACACAACACCCCAUCGGGAGCCAACGUCUUCACGUCAGCCUCACCAGAGAAAAUACAAAAGUCUGUGUUCUCGCAGCAGUUUCACCAAUGAGUUCAAAGGCUGUGAGCAGGAGGUAGAGGGCUGUGAUGAGGACUUUUAUGAAGAUAAUGAUCAACAAAAGAGAAUAUCUAGAAAUCUGUAUCAGGAAAGCAACCACCGAGAUGAGAAUGAAGGUUGGCACAGGAGAAGGGAUCAGGAUACAGAUUGUGUGAGAGCUGAUGCUAGAGAAAGGCGAUGUAGCCGCAGUGAAUCAGUCAGGAUACACAACAGGAGCACACACAGGAGCAGAGAUUUGUCAAGGACCUGGAGCUAUAAGGACAACCCUGACAAACAUGUCCGUUUUCAGGAUGACAAGAGCGGUAAUCACAGGCAGCAGAGUGAAAGCAGCAAAGUGUGGGAAAUGCUUGGCCAUAUACUCAGAGAAAGGGGUGUGCCUGUGAGGGUCGGUGGCAGUGGGGCGCCACUGCAAAUAUUGCCUCAAAGCAGAGACAGCCAGGUGCUUCAAGGGAGUGAGGUCUCCUGCAGCGACUCCCAGCCACAUCAGAGAGCCUUCCAGAGAGCUGCCACCACCAGGCACAGUUUCCAUGGAGAUAUCAGGGAGAGGAGGAGAAUGUCACACAGAGAGAACAGUGGGAGAGAUCACAGAGAGGAUCGAGACAGACACCAUGAUAAUGGAGAGGUUUAUGAGAUUCCUAGUAGAAACUUUUCCAUGGCUAACAGAGACAGACAAGGCAGCAGAAGGUGGAAAGAGCACAAAUUCACUCACAAUGAAGAGACUGGAAGAAGGAAUUCAAAUGAUAACAGAGUCAGGAGGACGACAAGUGAACGAAGUCAUUGGCACAGGAUCACAGAAGAAAGGUUGAGCUCAGAGCAGGAGCAGGAGCAGGAGGUUGAGAGGAGAGUAGAGCAUCCCAGACGGAGAGCGCUACAACGUAGCCAAAGCCUCAGCAGCCGCAGCAGCAGCAGGGCUUCAACCAGGCAUAGGUCACGGCACAUAGCAGCAGGAGCGUUACUGGAGCCAAGCGGGACAAGUCUGGACCUGGGGGAGCUGCAUCAAGUCCUACAAGAUGAAGAACUGGCACGUAUUUUGCAGGAGGAAGAGGAAACGUUGUUGAGGAGAAACUCCCAGCCAUCUCCACCAAGUUCUUAUCCAGAAGGGGAUUUCAGAGUCGCACAGGUUGCUCAGGAUGAGGAAAUUGCACAUUUUAUGCAGAAGCAGGAAAUCAAGUCAAAGCGUAGAUCUCGUGAGCUAGAAGGCCCGGCAUCAUGGCGUGAGCACAGAGCAAUGAUCAGUCACCAUGACAGGCAAGCUGCAAGAGAGAGGAAGGUCCAGCGAGAGAGACUCGAUUCAGAGGGCCUUCCUUCUCCAACUGAGGACUGCUCCCCAGAAAACCAGCCACCAAGCCCCAUUCAUGUCAUACCAAAUGCUCAGCAGAUAAGAAACAUUGCAGAGGAGUUAGACCCAACCUUCCAAGCCAGAAGGCACAGCACGGAGAGACAAGCAGGUCCAGCCUGUGGGUCACUUCCCAUGCCACAAUCCGGCUUACACGACUUCCUUGAAGAACCGACUUUCAUUCCGCCGACAAAGCGACAAACUGAAAAGUCAAGAUGGAAUAAACCCAAAGAGAAGAAGGAGAACUGCAAGCAGCAAUAAUCUCCAGCACAUUGUUAGAGGGAAUAUAUUUUGUAUAUAACAUUUUCAGUAUAGCUAUAGUUCUCAUUGCUUACUACUUUAAUGUUAAAAAUUAAAGCGGCUGCCCCUGAUAGCACUUUAGAGCAGUGGAACAAGGACAGAUUUUAGAAUAUUUCUUCAUUAAGUUAUGAAAGACAAGAUCUUAGACUCAGCAUUUUCUAAGGUGAUUUUUUUUUCUUCUCUUAAAACACUAUUGACAGUCAACAGUACACUUCCAGCAACCAAAAUACCCCCACCCCCCCUCUUAAGAUUUAAAUCUCUGCUUCAGACACACUGAAUGCAGGCCAACGGUUUAAUGGUUAUUAUCUCAGUCCCAGUAUGUGGCACAAUAUUAAAAUUUUGAGGGUUUUGUUUUUUAUUUUAUUUAACCUUUAUUUAACCAGGUAAAAAAAUGUUUGAGAACCAGUUCUCAUUUGCAAACAUGACCUGGCAUGUUAUAGCAUACACAUGAUUUGUGUGUGCUAUAAACUCUGUGUUUGCUCUAAUUUUACCAAGAAGACAAAAAAGAGAGUUAAAGAGAUUUGAUGGCGAAUGGAUUUCAGUUACAUAGUUUACUGGCAAGUUUCCACUGCUGGAGCAGCCGCCAUCUCUAUACUUAGCAGUUUGUAAGGUUUUCAGUCCAGUUUACAACUGCAUGAUGACAAUCAAGAAGCUUAAUUUUAGUGAUAAAAAAACAAAAUAGCCAUUGUUAAGGAUUUGUAAUUGUAUUUUAUUUACCUUCUGUGGUAAAAUACUGUGUGAUAUUGUGAUGCAAAUAUAUCCAAUAAGAUGGUGAAAUUUGUGAAAUGCUGGGCUAGGCUCCAGAAUUGGAAUAAGUGGUGUAGAAAAUUAAUACAUGAAGAUUAUGAAAAAUAUUUUUUACUUUUGGCAACAGUAUAAGAAACAAAGCGGACUCCGCUCCAUGCUCAAUUACCAACUACUUUUGCUGGCUUUUAGAGCUACAUUUCAAUCACUGAAACAUGACACCGGUGACAGGAACUGAGAUUACAGAUUGGUGAAACAUUAUUCUUCAUACUAAUAUAAUACUAAAAGUAGGG